AUGGAAUCCAAUCAGAAAAGGAUAUGUAACGUUCCUUUUGAUAUUAGAGAUGAAAAAAUCACUACGGAUGUCAAGGACGCAGCAUCAUUAUCAACAUUUUAUUUAAAUAUCAUUUCAAAACCUUCAAUCAAUCUCACUUCGCCUUCCCCAAAAUUAAUUAUAUUAGAUUUAAAUGGGACUUUAUGUUUCCGAAAGAAAAAAAAGAGUAAAAAUAAAAUUUAUCAUAUUAUUCUACGUCCUUUUAUCAACGAAUUUAUUAAUUAUCUUUUCGAUAAUUUCUCGGUGAUGAUUUGGUCCACUUCAAGACCUGAAAAUGUUGAUAAGAUGGUGAAUUUGAUAUUUGGAGAUCAAAAAGAAAAGCUAGUUGCUGUUUGGGCCCGUGAUAAAUUUGGAUUUACAAACGAAGAAUAUGAAAGGGAUACUAAAGCCAUAAAAGAUUUGGAUAUUAUUUGGAAAGCUUUGAAUUCCCAAACCGAAAGCACAACUAAGUUCAUGUUGGAUCCUACGAAUACAAUUUUAAUUGAUGAUUCUAGAUACAAGACUCAAUUGCAACCUUUCAAUGCAAUCCAUCCUCGUGGAUUUGAUCGCGAAAGAGUACGUGAAGGCGGAGAUUCCGAAUUAACGAUGAUUAUCAAAUAUUUGGAGGUGGUAAAACAUCAAAGUAACGUUGCUGCAUACAUGAAAGACAAUCCAUUUACUGAUCGUAUACAAUAA